ACAACCGUUGUGCCCAUAACAGGUCUACACUUUCUGUGACGAUGACGAACACAAGCACAACGCCGAGGCACCGAACCCACAGAACGCCUUGUGCGACUCUCGUAGCACCUGGGACGUCAUUUCACACAAUUCCGACUUCAACGGGAUCGACAACCCCGUCACAAUCAAGCCGACGACAUUCAGAGUACUCAAGACACACGCGAAGCAGAGAGUAGUUCUUCUACUGGACACUUCGUCAAGCAUGGAGCUUAAUCAGCGGCUGGAGAUGACGCACCGUGCCGUGGCGCGUUACAUCCAGGACUGGAUUCCCGACGGAAUGGAGCUGGGCGUUGUUAGUUUCAAUACCGAUGCCACAAUUAAUGCGGAACUUACUGAGGUCAACCGCACCACGAGAGCAGGUCUCAGAGCAAAGUUACCUCGUGGAUAUCAUGGGAGCACCUCCAUUGGAAAUGCUCUUCAGGUGGGCGUUCAGGUCCUCGAGCAGAAUGCUACAAGUAUCGUGAACUCCGUCAUCAUCAUACUGUUAGAUGGCAGAGAAAACACGAGACCUUACAUCAAGGACGUCUCGCCAGAGUUGUUCCGGAAAGGUGUGAUAGUGCACACGCUGGCUUUGGGAACUAGCGCGGAUGAAGGGCUAGAAGGCAUGGCUCUUGCUACUGGGGGCAACUCCUACGCGGUAACCAACGAAAAAAUGCUCGUCUUGGAAAACCUGGAGAAGGCCUUCUUCUCUGCCUCCAUGGCUCAACUGCCGAUAGUACGGAAGCCUGUCACCUUGGUAAACAAGGUGAUUCCUCUGGAGGGCAACACGACGUCUCUCUUCGUCACCGUCGACAGAGAACUUGGAAAGAACUUAGAGUUCCUCGCGUCUGGAGGAGACGGAGCCACAACGACAGUGACAGUCAAUAGCCCAUCAGGAAACACUUACGUUGGAGAGUACGAUGAGGACCUCAAACGUCAUAAAGUGUCCAUAGGUGACAUCGUAGAGCCUGGAAAGUGGCAAGUGGAUAUCAAGCGCGACAACCCACCUUGGAAACAAUCUUCUGUCUCUAUCACUGUGGUGUCUGAAGCCAAGGACCCACACGAUCCUCCUGUACGCAUGCGAACCUUCUACAGCACCAAAUAUCUUUCCUACGCACGAGCUUCGAGCCAGUUCAAGAUCCUCGUGGAGUUGACAAAGGGAGAGCAAGUCGUGAGAGGGGCGUACGUUGUAGCAAAGGUUACGACUCCGGUUGACAACCAAGUUCCCGUGUUUCUUAAGGACAAUGGAGCAGGUGCUGACAUUAUUGAAGGAGAUGGAAUCUACUCAGGUUUCUUCAUCGUCUUCAGCAAACCCGGCCGGUACUCGGUUGAAGUUCGAGCAUACGGCGACGAAAAUACUAAUUUGAUAACACCCAAACGUUCUGCGCGUCCGGUCUCUGGAGGACACAAGGUUCGCAGAAGUGCUGAACCAUUCGCUUUCGAAAGAUACGAGAACGCCGGAAUUUUUGUUGUGAAAAAAGUAGGGGCAGCUCUAAUCUACCCUCCGUCCACGAUUCAGGACCUUCGUGUCACACAAGCCUUGUACUUGGACAACGGUACCAGGAUGGUCAGCCUAAAGUGGACCUCGCCUGGAGCUCACUUGGACCAAGGAAUUUGUCACAGCCUCACAGUCAUCGCCAGCCGUAAUCGAACUGUUCUUCAGACGGAAGACAUGACGGGCGACUUCUACAAGGUCAUAGAAUAUGACGUCGUGAACGGCACUCUCCGCCCUCAGCAGUCUAGAAAACCCCAUGAAGUGACCUUCCUCAUCCCGGACACGUGGUUGCCUCCGAACAAAAGCGCUCAUGAUGUGUAUUUCACGGUGAGGACCUGGAACUCCGACGGGAUCAAGUCCGACCGGUCCAACAUCGCGGCAGCCAACUUCUUUGAACAGAGUGAAAUGGUCGUAGGGGCAGCUCCGUCUACGAUACGGGACCUUCGUGUCGAACAAGCCUUGUACUUGGACAACGGUACUAGGGCAGUCAGCCUGACGUGGACCUCUCCUGGCGCCCGCUUGGACGAAGGAACCUGCCACAACCUCACUAUCAUCGCCAGCUGUGAUCGAACCGUUCUUCAGACAGGUGACAUGACGGGCGACUUCUACACGGUCACAGAAUAUGACGUGCUUAAUGGCACUCUCUGCCCUCAACACUUCGGAGAACCCCAUGAAGUGACCUUCUUCAUCCCGGACACGUGGUGUUCUCCGAACAAGAGCGCUCAUGAUGUGUAUUUCACGGUGAGCACCUGGAACUCCGACGGGAUCAAGUCCAACCGGUCCAACAUCGCGACAGCCAACUUCUUUGAACAGAGUGAAAUGGCCGUAGGGGCAGCUCCGUCAACGAUACGGGACCUUCGUGUCGAACAAGCCUUGUACUUGAACAACGGUACAAGGGCAGUCAGCCUGACGUGGACCUCUCCUGGAGCCCGCUUGGACGAAGGAACCUGCCACAACCUCACUAUCAUCGCCAGCUGUGAUCGAACCGUUCUUCAGACAGAUGACGUGACGGGCGACUUCUACACGGUCACGGAAUAUGACGUGCUUAAUGGCACUCUCCGCCCUCAACACUUCGGAGAACCCCAUGAAGUGACCUUCUUCAUCCCGGACACGUGGUGUUCUCCGAACAAGAGCGCUCAUGAUGUGUAUUUCACGGUGAGCACCUGGAACUCCGAUGGGAUCAAGUCCAACCGGUCCAACAUUGCGACCGCGAACUUCUUGGAGGAGUUUCAACUGGACGUAAAAGAAAAGGAGUUGACCAUUUGGGAGAAGCUAUUGGCAUCCAGGGCUGUCUUGUACGUUGGCUCAGCCCUCUUAGGUGGGGUCCUGUUGACCGUACUUGUGAUUCUCGUCAUCAAUAUCUUCGUGAAGAAAUCACCGUCCUCGAAAUCCGUGGAACGAGUCGCCCAAACUGCUCGUGCGAAGUAUGAAGUGGAAAUGGCUUUCAGGGAGAACCUAGUGAACGCAUCCUGACGAUUUACCAUUUUUGUGAUGGUAAUAGGUACCGACUAGUCACGUCAUGUAAGGACACAACAGACUUUGAAUAUUUCCUCGCCCUGCGAAGACGAAGACGUUCCAGGCCACUCUCACGCGAUCCCCCAUUCUCAGCUCAUUUCCUAUGUUUCCUGUUCACCAGUAAAUAGCCCAUCAUAGCCCAUCCCCAUUCACUGCCCAGUCUUGUCUUGUCUUCAACAACCGAUGUGAGACAGGGGAGCUCGCUUCAAUUGAAAGCCCGGUGAAAGGCACUCAUGGUCGGCGUGGCCGCGACAAGAUGAAGUUAUAUUAUUAUCAUUAGUAACCUUAUAUUUACCUUAACCUAACCUAACUUAACCUUAACC